GAGAGAGAGGAGGGAGACACACAGAGAGAGAGAGGGAGACAGAGAAAUAUAGGGAGAGAAAGAGAGGAGGGGGACACAGAGAGAGAGAGAGAGAAUGAUGCAGGAUCGGCGCGGUUAGCACUCCUCUAUCUGCUCGGACACAGACGGAGUUUCUCUGCCAGACUCUCGCUGAUGUCAGGAUGUCGGUGAACCCCCCCAACAGCAAUGAUGCGUGCCUCAGCAUCGUGCACAGCCUCAUGUGCCACAGACAAGGCGGGGAGAACGAGGGCUUCGCCAAGAGGGCGAUCGAGAGCCUGGUGAAGAAACUCAAGGAGAAGAAAGACGAGCUGGACUCUCUUAUCACUGCCAUCACCACCAACGGGGUCCAUCCCAGCAAAUGUGUCACCAUCCAGAGGACGCUGGACGGCAGGCUGCAGGUGGCUGGACGUAAAGGUUUCCCCCAUGUGAUCUACGCCCGCCUGUGGCGCUGGCCGGACCUCCACAAGAACGAGCUGAAACACGUCAAGUUCUGCCAGUACGCCUUCGACCUCAAAUACGACAAUGUUUGUGUUAACCCCUAUCACUACGAGAGGGUGGUCUCCCCGGGCAUCGUGGGCCUCAGUCUUCAGAACACAGGUCCCUCCGGCAGGCUGAUUAAGGAGGAAUAUAUCCAUGACUGUAUUCAGAUGGAUGUUCCGCCAGGUUUGCCUCCGCAGCCCGACCACCAGGGGGCGAUGAAGCUCCCUCCUCCGGAGCACUACAGCCAGCCGCUGCCACCGUUACAGCUGCCACCUGAACCUCCUCGGGGCCCCCCGCCCGUCACACUUUACCCCAACAUGCCUCUCUCACCCACCGCAUCUGGCUCUAUGUUGCCUAUGCAGGGUGGUCACAGCGAGGGUCUUCUGCAGAUUGCAUCUCCCCAGGCUCAGGUCAUGACCCCCACACCACCCCCCUCCACACCCACUCACGGACCCCCCCAACCUCCAGCCCCCCAACAGCCUCCUCCGAAUCAGAACGGCUACAACGGCUCCAAGCACACGCAGAGCCAGGGCUCCUUCCACACUACAUGGACAGGCAGCAGCACGGCCUCCUACACUCCCGUAGGACCCCAGCAAAACAGCCGCGGUCACCAGCCCCCUCUACACCACCCCCACUUCUGGUCUCAGCAUCACAGUUCACCUUCAUUCCCUCCUCCAGUCUCCAACCAUCCAGGGCCGGAGUUUUGGUGCUCCAUCUCCUAUUUUGAGAUGGAUGUGCAGGUGGGUGAGAUGUUUAAGGUGCUGUCCAGUUGUCCCAUUGUGACAGUUGACGGUUAUGUGGAUCCGUCAGGAGGAGAUCGCUUCUGCCUCGGCCAGCUGAGCAACGUCCAUCGCACCGACGCUAGCGAGAGGGCCAGGUUGCACAUCGGGAAAGGCGUGCAGCUGGAGUGUCGGGGUGAAGGAGACGUGUGGAUGCGGUGUAUGAGUGACCACGCUGUGUUCGUCCAGAGUUAUUACCUGGACAGAGAGGCAGGGCGAGCCCCAGGGGACGCUGUGCACAAAAUCUACCCAGGAGCCUACAUCAAGGUGUUUGACCUCAGGCAGUGCCACAGGCAGAUGCAGCAGCAGGCAGCCACAGCUCAGGCAGCAGCGGCGGCUCAGGCGGCCGCGGUGGCCGGCAACAUCCCGGGUCCAGGCAGCGUCGGGGGCAUCGCGCCUGCAGUCAGUUUGUCUGCGGCUGCAGGAAUCGGUGUAGACGACCUGCGGAGGCUGUGCAUCCUGCGGCUCAGCUUCGUGAAGGGCUGGGGGCCCGACUACCCGCGGCAGAGCAUCAAACACACCCCCUGCUGGGUGGAGGUGCACCUGCACCGCGCGCUGCAGCUGCUGGAUGAGGUUCUGCACACCAUGCCCCUCGCAGACCCUGGACCUUCUAACUGAGAAGAAGGAGAUAAAAGAACACACUAACAUACACUUAGGUAUACACUGAGUCGCCAGGUUAAUCGGAUUACCUUGUAUCUACACUCGGAGGCCAUUUUAUCAGAAACACCUACCAUAUAGGUGCAAUUUGCAGGGUUUUUUUUAGUCAAUCGGUUUCCUGGUUUGCAUUUCAAAUAUCUUUCCAAGAAAGCUGGCUUCAUACUUUGAUUAGAAAGCAUACAGUAUCAUAAACAUACAGUAAUUACUCUUCAGUAAUUAUGAAUAGAUCAAUACUGUCUGGAAAUAUUGCUUUAGGCUCAGCUAAUCACAAAGUGUUCAAUUUUGAUUUUUAUUUUUAAAAGAUCAUUUCUUCACUGUUGAGAAAACCGUACUCUAUUUUGGUUGUUUUUUUGUAUAUGUAUAUCGCUGUUGUCAGGACAAAACCUCGUAUCUCCGUUUUUUGACGUUUUUCAGCAUUUGAUAUAAUUUGAAAAAACCUGUUGCUCUUUACAUUGUAUGUAAAUUUCAUGAUGAAUGGACUAAAAAAAAUGGCCCAAAAUGACUGGUUCCAUUGACUUACAUUAAAAGUAAAGUAUGUUUUUUCCUUCUCCUGUAAAGUCACCAUUUUGGAGAUACCAGGUUUUCUUCCGACAACAGCGAUAUCAUUUAAAAACACCAGCUGCCCUUUACAUUGUCACAAAAAUUCAUAAUGAGUGAUAAGAAUUUUCCAAAAUUAUCCGGGAAAAAACUUUUUACACUCACUUCCAAUACAAGUUCAGAAUGUUUUUCCGUCUCCUAAAAUGUACUAUUUUGUAGAUGCAAGGUUUUGUUAUGACAGUGAAGAUGUACAUAUUUAUAUUUAUUCUGAACAAAAAUAUAAACGUUCUACUGAAAAGAUUUUACUGAAAUUCUGGGUGUGUUGUGAAACAGAAUUCCCACAUUAGCAGCACAACACAUUUCUAUGGAACAAGAUCUGUAUUUUUGUUUUAUCAAACUGCUGCCAAAUGUGAGCAACACCAAAAGUGGUGCAUUUAUAUCUUUAUUGUGUUUAAUAUAACAGUGAUAUCUCUAUCACAGAUUCAAGCAAAAUCUGUAGUGUCACCACAAACCACUAGAGGGUUGUGAAACCCUGGUUGGGAAACUCUAGUUCUUCACCAGCGGUCGGUUUCUGGAUAUUUUUGGGCGGUGAACCACUCUCAACCUAGCAGAGGCAAUGAAGUGUUUAAAAAUGCCAGCAACACCACCCAAGUAAUAUCUGGGGAGUGGUGGUCCCAUUGUGAUCCCUUUCCACUGGUGGACAGAGUAUAUGACUGUAAUUUUAUGGCGUGCACCUAUAUGGUGGGCGUUUCUAAUAAAGUGGCCGGUGAGUGUAUAUACAAGGUGGCUUUAUCUAAUAAAGUGGCAACUUAGUCUUUAUAUACGUACACAUGGCGACCGUAUUUUACACAGACAACACCGGUUUUACUUUUUAAUCCUCAUCAUAAUCCGAAAUGCAGACCUGUAACUCCUCAUUUGAGAUCCCUCAAAUUCUUGUUUUCCAAAGGUUUUGCCAUAGAGUUCUCCUAUAGGGAUAUGCAGAUGCAUUUCUUUGCAGAAUACAGUUAUAUAAUGUACUUUAACACUGCAUACCUUCGGAUCAAUGCAAAAGUUUCCACAGGGUUUAUUGCAGAUUAAGUUCAGGGAAAAUAGCUUUACUGUCCGUACACCUCUCCGAGCUUUUGCACAUCACCUGAUUAUAGUAAUAAUACAGAGCAGACUGCAGCAGGGUUUGCAAUACUUUUAAACCUGUUCCAAAACAAUGAAUUUAGGGGGAUCGAGUGGCAAAUCAUGUUAUUUGUCAGUAUGCACACCACACACCGUGCAAAAGUCAGAGACCACCCUUCAUUUAAUUUCUUGAAGUCAAAAUAGGCAUCGAGUACAAGUGAUUCAUUCUUCAGCAUCAGGAAAUAUAUUUUAUUAACAAAAACUAAAUAUACAUUUUUCAGUAUUUAGUGAGUCACUCUUUACCUUUAUUCCAGCUUCCAUUCUUUUCAGGAGACUUACUAUCAGUUUCUCAAAGAAUCU